AAGAAACGCAAAAAUCGCAUAUCUGGCGGCCGGAGGGCGUGGCCCUCAAUCAAUCGGGAGACCCGGUGCGGUGCCUCGCCCUUCCUAUAAACACCGAGCCGCCGCCGUCUGCCUCGCCCAAACCCUCCCCAAAACCCUAGCUGAUUCGGGGAACUAGGGUUCCUCCCCGCCUCCACCGCCGCCGCCAAGUUCCCGCCGAGCUCAGAAAAUACAUACUAUGGGUAAGUCGAGCAAGAAGUCUGCUGUUGCGGUUGCACCUGCCGCUGGGCUGGUCCCAGAUGGAAAAUCUGGAAAGAAAGGCAAGAGGAAUGCGGAAGAUGACAUCGAGAAGGCUGCCAGUGCCAAGAAGCAGAAAACUGCACCUGAGAAGGCCGUGCCUGUGAAGAAUGAUCUUAAAGUCAAGAAGGUUCCUCCAAAGAAGGUUGAGAGCAGCAGUUCUGAUGAGGAUUCUUCAGAAUCCGAGGACGAGGUGAUGGUUCAACCAAAGAAGGCUGCACCGUCUGCUAAACAGGAGUCCAGCUCUGAUAGCAGCGAUGAGAGCAGUUCUGAUGACGAACCUACAAAAAAGCCUGCUACUGCUUCAAAGAAACCUGCUGCACUUGCUAGCAAUGGUUCAAAGAAAGUCAAGUCUGACAGCAGCAGCUCUGACAGCAGCUCCGAUGAGGAUGUGAUGGUCCCACCCAAGAAGGCUGCACAAUCUGCUAAACAGGAGUCCAGCUCUGAUGGUAGUGACGAGAGCAGCUCCGAUGAUGAACCUGCAAAGAAACCUGCUGCCGCUUCAAAGAAACCUGCUGCAAAGACUGAAGAUUCAGAUAGCAGCAGCUCUGAUGAGGAUGAAGAUAUGCUUCCCGCUAAAGCACCAGCAACAGCCAAGAAGAUUGAAGAAUCCAGUGAAAGUUCUGAUUCCGAAAGCUCUGACUCUGAGAAGCCAGCUACUGAAGUGAAGAAUUCUGCGGUUGCCACUGCACAAAAGAAAAACCAGGACGGCUCUGACAGUGAUUCUGAUGAAUCAUCAGAUGAGGAUAUGGUCACUAAAAAACCAGUAGCCAAGAAAGUGGUAGAAUCCAGUGAAAGUUCUGAUUCUGACUCUGAGGAGGAGGAUACCACUGCUAAACCAGUUCAAUCUUCCAAGGCUGUUGCUGUUAAGAAGGGCAAAGAAUCUAGUGAUAGCUCAGAUUCAGAUUCUGAAGAAGAUACCACCGCUAAAACAGUUUCUGUAAAGAAAGAAGAAUCUAGUGGCAGCUCAGAUAGUGACUCGGAUUCAGAUUCUGAUGAAGUAAGUGUUCUGUUACUUGCUUACUCCUGGUCACUUUUUUGUUGUGCAGUGUUUAAAAUUCCUUCCAAUGUUUUGCAGCCAGCAAAAUCUACUAUUCCUGCGAAGAGGCCUCUGACAACAGAGAAAAAGAGUGAACAUUCCAAGGAUGAUUCUGAUGAUAGUUCUGAUGAGAGUGAUGAGGAAGAGCCUCCACAAAAGAAGCCUAAGGAUUCAUCUUCUGGUGCUGCCAAGCCAGUCUCUAAGGCUGCCAAGAAAGAAAGCAGUGAUGAUGAUGACAGUUCUGAAGAGAGCUCUGACAGUGAUGAGGAAAAGAGUAAAUCGGUGUCGGUGGCAAAAUCCAAGCAGAACGAACCAAAAACUCCUGCCAGCAGUGGUCAAGCUACUACUGGGUCAAAGACCCUUUUUGUUGGGAAUCUGUCAUACAAUGUGGAGACUGAACAAGUGAAGCAAUUUUUUGGGGAGACUGGUGAGGUUAUGGAUAUUCGUUUUGCUACCGCUGAUGAUGGGAGCUUCAAGGGUUUUGCACAUGUUGAAUUUGCUACAACUGAAGCUGCUCAAAAGGCAUACGAAUUAAAUGGAGGAGAUUUGGCGGGGAGGCCUGUCAGGCUUGAUUUUGCUCGUGAGCGAGGCGCGAUCACUCCUGGCAGCGGGAGGGAUAAUAGUUCUUUCAAGAAGCCUGGUCAAAGCAGUACUGCCUUUGUUAGAGGGUUUGAUUCAUCUCUUGGGGAGGAUGAGAUCCGAAGCUCGCUUCAAGAUCAUUUUAGCUCAUGUGGAGAUAUUAGAAGAGUUUCAAUCCCAAAGGAUUAUGAUACUGGCGCAAGCAAAGGGAUAGCGUACAUAGAAUUUGAUGACAUCAGUUCUUUGCCCAAAGCGCUCGAGCUGAACAGGUCUAACAUUGGAGAAGGCUUGAGCUUGUUUGUUGAUGAAGCCAAGCCUAGGGCAGAUAACAGAGAUGGCGCUGAUAGUGGUAACAGGAGCGCAGGAAGAUUUAAUGGGGGCGGGGGCCGCAGAGGAAGAUUUGACGGGGGUGGGGGCCGCAGAGGUGGAAGGUUUGACGGGGGCUCAGGCCGCAGAGGUGGUGGAAGAUUUGGCCGGGGUGACAGAGGCGGCCGGAGUGACAGGGGCCGUGGUCGGGGUGGUGCACCCCCCAGGCUGAGUGCUGGCACACCUAGUGCAGGGAAGAAGAUAACUUUCGGUGAUGACUGAGCUCGGUGACUCCGCUUGAAAUCGCGCAGAAACUCCAACCCACCCCUAGUGAAAUGUCGAACAUUUCGUUUUUGCCUGGAGACUCAUACUUCUGUUUUUUAAUAUUAUCUUAUUAUUAUUAUCAUUGUGGACCGUGGUGGUUAUCUGCCAGACUAUGUCGUCUGUUUGGGAGAUUUAUACUCGUGAUGAAUUUUGGUCAUAUAUAUAUUACCUCCUGGCUUGCCUUGUUUGACCUUUUAA